AUGAAGGUCGAAACUUGCUCUUUCUCCGGCUACAAGAUUUACCCCUCAAAAGGUAAACUCUAUGUGCAAAAAGACUCCAAGGUUUUCCGAUUCAUCCGAUCAAAGGAAGAGAGCCUACACCUUCACCGAAAGAACCCUCGUAAACUCGCCUGGACCGUGGUGUACCGACGUGUUCGACGGAAGGGUGUGACAGAGGAGGUUGCCAAGAAAAGGUCGAAGAAGACCGUCAAGGCUCAACGUGGUAUCGUUGGUGCCGAUCUUGCAACUAUCCUCGCCAGGCGAAACCAAAAGCCAGAGGCAAGUCUGAAAAAUCUCCAGCCCAUCUACCGUUUCCAGAAUUGA